CUUGCUUUUAUCGACGUCAGCAUUUUCAAAACCUUGCGUUACAGACGAAAAUGGAUUGUGUCCUUGCACCACUAUUUGCAAUAGUUGAGUGCCCUAGACUAAAAAUAAAGAAACCUAGUUUCAUAACAUGGCCGUCUCCAAUGGUUUUCUUUUCCGUUCUCAUCCUUAGUUACUUUUUAGUCACAGGUGGGGUCAUUUACGAUAUGAUCGUUGGACCGCCAAGCAUGGGGACGGAAACGGACUCCAGGGGCAAUCAAAAACCGGUAGCUAUCAUGGUUUGGCGCCUAAACAGUCAAUACAUACUCGAAGGACUUGCAGCCAGUUUUAUGUUUGUUAUGGGGAGCUUCGGAUUUAUCGUAAUGGAUAAAGUCAAUGAGGCCAAGGUCACGAAGUUAAACCGUAUAUUACUGAUGGCACUAGGAAUCGGAUGCAUCUUAGUAUCGUUGCUUACCUUACGGAUUUUUAUCAGUACUAAAUUACCGUCCUACAUGCGGUGAUUUCCUAACAAUUAUAAAUAACUUGAAGACCGUUUCGUGCUAAAUCAAGUCGCUAACUCCCGUGUAAUUCAGUUUCCGAAGUCACAUGGUUUUUUUAUUAUAGAACUUCUUGUAUUUCUUCAUAAGUUAUAACAAAAUUUCACAUAUAUAUGUAUUAUCUCAAAAAUCGUUCGGGCAAUUUAGAAUAUAAAGCCUCCUUCCAGUCGCCACCGUUUGCCAUGUAUGCUAACAUU